AUGCCGAAGGAAUUGCCCAGGAUCGACCUGGAGCAUCCAAGUGAUCUUGACUAUAUCACGCAUGCCGUGAAUGCGUAUGCAAAUGAUAUUGGCAAGGAACAUAUGCGUGCGCGUGGGCGUCAGGGCAGUGCCUUGGAGGACACGUUAGAUCAUGCGUUAGAGCGCCAAGCGACGGCGGUGGAGCCGUUUGAUGAAUCGCUUGCGAAUCGUGUCAACCAACUAUCGGAAAAUGUGGAUGAAAUGACCGAGAGUGUAGUCGAGUACCGCAGGGCGGUGCCUGCCGCAUACGCAAAAGCUGUCAAGCGCCGUGCUGAGGCGCUCGAUGCACUUGCCAAUGCACGCGAAGACCAGCGACAGCGCAAGUUGCGCAAGUCCAAACCGCGUACCCAUUUCCCCGCAUUAGCUAUGGCGCAGCCGCUUACAGGUAUGCGUGCGCAACAUUAUACUAAUACCACAGUGGAUGCAGAUGCAAAAGAACGUAUUGGAGAGACCCUACAUACGGUAUAUGCAAAUAUGGCGCAUCUGGAAUCGGUACGUGGUGCUCCUGUAUGCCUAAUGCAAGUCUUUACCAGAGCGUGCAAACGCUGCAGCCGACCAGACAAAGCUGGUCCAGCGCUUACGAAAUAUGCACUCCUAGCCUUCACACUGACUAAUGCCACAUAA